GUGAACCUCUUCCUAGAAGUGAGACUUAACUUUACUAGUGAGUAAUACGUACGCGUACCUGUCAGAAGUGGAGAACUCUACGGUAGCGGGAACCCCAGAGCCACUCCACGGCAGGCUUGCUGUUGGCCACAGCCACAGCCCCGCAUCCUUCGUUCCUUCACGAUCGCGUCCCACAUCAACACCACCAAAACCCCCCGACAAAUCCCCCACAUGGAGUUUUCCCCUCCAAAUGGACGCAAGGACAGGAUGUUGGCUUUAUAUGUCCACCUCCUUAGCUCCUUUCAAUAUAUCUCAAUCCCUCCCGUAAUUCGAGUUUCACGCGUCGGGUUUCACGGAAAAGGCAACCUCAGACGGUCACUUAUUUAAAGAGCCAGACAACAUCACCUCUUUCUUCCCCCGCACGCUUCCGAAGAACCGACGAGAUGUCUCCAUCGGCCACGCAGAAGAAAAUCAGUUUGAAGCGCAUUGCUCAUGUGUAUUACACACACACCGACCUCGAUGUAGCUCAUCAAUUCCUCCUCGAUUUCGGCUUCAGUGUGACAUCGCGGACGGACGACAAGAUUUACUACAGAGGAUAUGGCACCGAGCCUUUCGUCUACUGCGCAACAAAAGGGGAGGAGAAUGCAUUUGGCGGGGCUGGCUGGGUGGUGGAUUCAAUGGAAGAUUUGGAAUUGGCAACAUCCCUCCCAGGAGCGACUCCAAUACACGAUUCGGAUGCGCCGGGUGGUGGAAAGCGUGUGACUUUCUACGAACCUGUCGAUAAUUGUCCUUUCCAUCUCGUCUAUGGGCAGACUGAAGUCGAAGUAACGCAGACUUUCCCAGAGUUGGCCUACAAUUUCCCAACGUCGAAACACCGACCAGUCAACAAGACCCAGCGUUUCCAGAAGGGUCCUGCGCCCAUACACAAAAUUGGGCACUUCGGUCUCUGCGUGACGGAUUACAAGAAGGCCUACGAAUUCUAUACCUCCAACUUCAACUGGAAACCCACGGAAUUGGUUUACGAUCCUGUGUCUGGUGAAGAUAUUACAACCUUUUUGCAUCUCGAUCGUGGGGAUGAGUGGGUUGACCACCACUCAUUCUUUUUCUUCGAAGGUCCCAAGUUCCACGUCCACCACUCGAGUUUCGAGGUUUUCGACUUCGAUAUACAAAUGUUGGGCCACACCUGGUUGAAUGAGAAGAAAUACGAGAACUGCUGGGGAGUCGGAAGACAUGUUAUGGGGAGUCAAAUAUUCGAUUAUUGGUAUGACCCAAGUAAAUUCAUGUUGGAGCAUUAUAUCGAUGGGGAUCUCGUCAACGACGAGACUCCUAUCAAUCGAACUAAAGCUGGACCUGGAAACUUGCAUGUAUGGGGUAUGUUUAAAUCUUCCUUUCUUGACUCCCUUCCAAGACGAGUUUCUUGAGACUUUCGAAUAUGUCUAACUUUAGCAGGUCCUGAGGUACCCGAGACGUUCUUGACAUGAUCCACCAAAAUGCUGUAUGUUUUUAAGUAUCUUUUCAAGGUUACUUAGCAAGCGAAAUAGUUUAUUCAGCAACCCGAGGUUAUGACAUCUAACAUGUCACAAUACGAUCUAUAAUUGCAGGUUGGAACAACUUGAAGCCGUCAAGUGGUGUGUGUAAAAAGUACUGUACAAUUUUCAGGUGGGGCUUUCAGACCAGCAUGUUUCAAGGACGAAUAGGUUUUGGUGGUACAAACAGUCACAAA